UUGUUUUCACAACCGGAGCGGGUCUAAUUUACUCCAAGAGGGAAGGGCCAUUUUGGUGAAUGCCAGGGAGCUGGGGUAGUGUCCUCAGAAGACAGUACGUGAAGAAACCUGCAGCAGGCUUUUCGGGAAGGAACCUUUUUCGGGAUCAAGUUUCAGAUCAACCUGAAACCGUCUGUCAGCUCAAGGUGGAACUAAGGACUAGAAAGGCUUUUGCUCUGAAGUCCCGGGCCGGCUAGUGGCGCUCGAUCUCAGAAAGCUGAGGAGUCCAGAAAGGAAGGCCCCCCCGCCCCUCCCACCUGAUGGGUGACGGGUGCGGGAAUGGAAACUAAGCUCUUCGAAGAGAGGCCGCGCCCCGCCGAGAGCGGGGGGACAUCGAGGGAGACAAAGCCCGAAGGAGCAGAUGCCAGAUUUCGCGGGCCCGCCUCUCAGCCUGCCACUGACUCCCAUCCGGGGACCUGUUCAGCUGGGAAUAGCGAGACCCCCUCGGUGCUGGUCAGAGGGUCGGGAAACAGUAGUCCCCUCGGUGGGGCGUCCCCCCGCUCCCUUUCGGUCAGAGCUGUGGAUUCUCUCCACCUUUCCCCUUGGGAGAGAAACCUCGCCACGCUUCUUCCAAGCGAACGCCCCAGGGAGACCCCAGAAAGGGGCCCUCAGACCCACAUCAUCCGACAAGAACCCAGCACAAUCGUUUUUGCCAACUACGAGUUUUUAUCCCCUGCCGUCGAUUCUGUGCUCCGCGGCCCAGAGGUCCCGGACGCCGAAGCCUCUUCAUAUGAGUCCGGGGAGGAGGAGGAGGGAGAAGAGGGUGACGAAGAUGUUUUCACCCAGCCAUCCCUUCGCGAGCCGUUUGUCCACGGCCUUCUCCCGAGCAUCAUUCCCGCAGACCAGCCAGAGGCAUGUGAAUUCCCCGAGGAGGGGGAUGUUUGUCUUACACCGAGCCCCCCGGGGCGUUGGGAGAGAGAACCUAAUGAACGGGCGACGGGAGAGAAGCAGAUCCACAAAGCGAGCCCACCGAAGGAGGUCUCUGGAUUUUCAGACUCUAUGUCCGAUCUCAUGAAGAACCUGGAGCAACUGAAUCUAGAUCUUGAAGAAGCUCUCAAUCAUGGCUCUUCUCCUUCUCAGACUACUUCUUUCAAGAGGCGAGAGCAGCAGUCUUCUGUUAAACUGGAUGCCGGUGAGAAUAGAGAUCCUCAGAGGAAGGGAAUUGGUAGAAAUAAGUGGGGAAGCUUCCAGAAGCUAGAUGACUGGCCAAACCCAAUGUCAGCUGGAGCACGCCCCAAAAUUAAAGGCCCAUCACGCAAACGGAGCAGAGAGCGAGCAGAAAUCGAAGCAAAGGAAGCGUGUGACUGGUUACGAGCCGCUGGGUUCCCUCAGUAUGCUCAACUCUACGAAGAUUCACAGUUUCCCAUCAACAUUGCAGCGGUAAAGAAAGAUCAUGAUUUUCUCGAAAAGGACCUUGUAGAACCUCUUUGCAGACGACUGUUCACGUUGAACAAGUGUGCCUCAAUGAAACUCGAUGUGAACUUCCAAAGGAAAAAGAGUGACGACUCGGAUGAAGAGGACCUUUGCAUCAGCAACAAAUGGACGUUUCAGAGGAGCAGCAAGAGGUGGUCUCGCGUGAACGACCUGGACUCGCUGUUCCGCGGCUCGGACCGCCAUGGCUCUCUGGGGGACGCUAAGAUGAGAAACACGACGAGCAGCGAGAGCGUGGUGACGGACCUGAGCGAGCCGGAGGUCUCCUCCAUCCACAGCGAGAGCAGCGGAGGGAGCGACGGGCGCGGCCAGGCUGGCGGCGCCGGCCGGGAGGCCUCUGACCGGGGCGGCCCGGACUCGGCCGGUGGCACCCCGCCGGCCCCCGGGGACGCCACGAAGAACGACAGGUCGGCGCGGACCAGAACCAAGACUUUCCUGAAGCGCAUGGAAACGCUCCGGGCCUGGGGGACCUCCGACAAGCCCCGCGGGCCCGGGAGGGCGGGCGGCAUGGUGAUCAGCGGGCCGGUCCUUCAGCAGGAGUCCGAGGCCUUAAAGACCCUGCGCUGCGUGCAGCUGGUCAACGGGGAGCUCGGCGGGGCGGCCCCCGGGGGCCCCUCGGCCUCCCUCCGGCCCGGCUGCGACCACAGCCGGUCCGUGAACGGGAACGACGGCGGGAGCGGCGGGAGCACCCCGGGCCCGAAGGAGCGCAGGUGCCACGAGCCCGGGAAGCGGGGGGGCAUGUGCUUCGAAGGCCUGGAGGAACUGAUGGGGACGACCCUGCGGCAGCUGAGCGAGCAGAGUCGGGGCAGCGAGUUUCACUCGCAGGACGACUUGGUGGUGCUCGUGCCCAAGGACCACAAGCCCGGAACCUUCCCCAAGGCCCUGUCCAUCGAGAGCCUCUCCCCGGCCGACCCCGGCGGCGCCGUCAACUGGAGGACGGGCAGCAUCUCUCUGGGCAGGCGGCAGGGUCCCGGCCGCCGGGAGCCCGGGCUCCUGGCUCCCUGCCCCCGAGGGAGCAGGGUCAGCGUCUACGACAACGUGCCCGGCUCCCACCUGUGCGCCAGCACCGGCGACCUGCUGGACCUGGGGCGGGACGAGCUGUUCCCGCCCGUGAACGAGAUCCUGCAGCGCAUCAGCGGGCAGCCGGAGGCGGUGGACUGCUGGCCCGAGAGCCUGCUGUCCGAGCUCCGGGCCGAAGGCAAGGCGACGGGGGAGGGCGGCCCGUCCCCCUGCCCGACCCCCCACCACGUCGCUUUGGAUUUCGAGGGGAACUCGGGGUCCGACGGUCGGACGACGCCCAGCGACAUGGAGCGAGACGGAGCCUCCCUGAACGAGUCGGAGGUGACCGGAGUCCGGGAGAGGCGCGAUUCUGGAGUCGGGGCAUCGCUCACCCGCCCCAACAGGCGGUCACGCUGGAACAGUUUGCACAUCGCCCGUCUGCCCGCUCACGCCGCCGCGUCCCUGCGGAUCGGCGACCAGACCGCCGGCCAGCUGAAUCUGCUCCAGAAAUUCUCCCUUCUUUGCCUGACCGCCAUCAUGGAGAAGAACUCUCUGUCCAACAAGCACGGCUGGACCUGGGCGGUGCCGAAGUUCAUGAAGAGGAUCAAAGUUCCUGAUUACAAGGACAAGAAUGUGUUUGGAGUUCCUCUCAUAGUUCACGUCCAGAGGACAGGCCAGCCCCUUCCUCAGAGUAUACAACAAGCACUGCAGUACCUGCGCACCAACUGCCUGGACCAGGUGGGUCUGUUCCGGAAAUCGGGAGUGAAGUCUCGAAUCCAGGCUCUGCGCCAGAUGAACGAGAGCUCCCCAGAGAACGUCAGCUACGAGGACCAGUCGGCGUACGACGUGGCCGACAUGGUCAAGCAGUUCUUCCGUGACCUGCCCGAGCCCCUUCUGACCAGCAAGCUGGGGGAGACCUUCCUCCACAUCUAUCAGUAUGUUCCCGCGGACCAGCGGCUGCAGGCCGUGCAGGCCGCCAUCUUACUGCUCUCCGACGAAAACCGGGAGGUCCUGCAGAUGCUGCUGUACUUCCUCAAUGAUGUCGUCAGCGUGGUGGAAGAAAACCAAAUGACUCCCAUGAACCUGGCCGUCUGCUUGGCCCCUUCCCUCUUCCACCUCAACUUACUAAAGAAAGAAGCCUCCCCGAGGGUGAUCCAGAAGAAAUAUGCAACUGGGAAACCAGACCAGAAGGACCUCAACGAGAAUCUAGCAGCUACACAGGGGCUUGCCCAUAUGAUAAGAGAAUAUAAAAGGCUUUUCGAGGUCCCUUACGAAAUAGUAGCUCAGUCUCAGAACUCCUACGUUGAGGCGGGAAUCUGCCCCCUGACGAUGGAGGAGCUGGGCAAGCAACUGGAAGAGGAAGGGAGCCAUUUGCAAAUGUACCUGGAGAGCCUCUCCCAGGGCCUGCAGAAGGAAGCCAAGGACAAGUUCAGAGGCUGGGUCGCCUGCCCCAGCGUCGACAACGCAGAUCUGGCUUUCAAAAAGGUGGGAGAUGGGAACCCACUGAGGAUGUGGAAGGCCAGCGUGGAAGUGGAAGCUCCCCCGGCGGUGGUCCUGAACCGCGUGCUCAGAGAGCGGCAGCUCUGGGACGAGGACCUGUUGCAGGAGAAGCUGGUGGAGACGCGGGACAAGCAGACGGAAGUCUAUCAGUACGUGCUGAGGAAUAUGGCCUCCCUCCCUACCCGAGACUUCGUCAUCCUGAGGACCUGGAGGACGGACCUGCCCAGGGGCACGUGCACGCUGGUCGCCUUGUCGGUGGAGCACGAGGAGGCCCCGCUCCUGGGCGGCGUGCGUGCGGUUGUCCUGGACUCCCAGUACUUGAUCGAGCCGUGCGGCUCCGGGAAGUCCCGCCUCACACACGUCUGCAGGAUCGACCUGAGGGGUCACUCCCCCGAGUGGUACAACAAGGGCUUUGGACAUCUCUGUGCCGUGGAGGUAGCCAGGAUCAGAAACUCCUUUCAGCCCCUGAUGGCCGGGGGCCCCGAGACCAAAAUCUGAAACGCUUCCCCCGCGAGCGUGGCUCCAUCCGAGACGGGGAUGACGAGAGGAAGCGGGCGCCCGCCGGGCGAGCCGAGCGGGAGAGGCCCGAAGUGGGGGCGGCCGGGCCUGACUCACUCUGCCCCUCCCGCCGGACUGGACGUCUUGGGAGGACUGACCCGAGCCUCUGUCUCCGUUGACCUAAAAGGCGGUGGCUCCUGCCCUGCGCUGGGCUCCGUGGGCUAUGGAAGGGCUUCUGAGAAGCAUAUGUGUAAGUGUAAAUAAGGUGCUGUGUAGACAGUAUUGUGUACAUUUAUGUAUAUCUCUCUCUGGACUGUACAUAUGUAAAGUUUUAUAUGAAAUGAGUGCUUUAAAAGGAAAGGACCUAAAGCGGCUUCAGCCGUAGGGCUGCAGCUCUCCCUGUGGUGUUCCGGUCUCCGCCUUCUCAGCUGGGCGAGGGAUCGGCUCCCCCUCUACCCUGGGACCCGAGGGCUGACCAGAACAGACCCGUUUCAACCUCUCUGUCCCCGGUGCCGUCACCGCCUCCCCCGUCCUCAAAAAGUGAGUGCGGGAGCUAGAGGUGAGCAAACCGCCACCGUGGCUGCCGAAACGGAGCUGCGGGUGGAGGGGAGCCGAUCCCUUGCGUCGGUCCGGAACCUGGCGGCAGAGGACGAUGACCGGGGGCUCCCGGGGAAGUGGCGUCACCCUUUGGCGUUCAGAGUGAGAAAGACCUCUGCUGUUUGUUUUUUUUCCUCCUCUAAAGCUUUCCUCGAUGCGUUUCGGAAAUUUAAUUCUCUUUAACUACGGAGUUAGAACUCUUUGGUCCAAGUUAAUGAAUGCUUUCUUAUCGAUACGUUGCACUGACCUUAACGGCGAUGCCAGACUAAGGAAGACGAUGGCCAUUCGGAAGGACCAGACCGUUCCGUAUUCAGGGAAUUCACGACGUGCUUUGCGUAUGAUGCUUUAAAAACGUAAUUCGUCCGAGCUUCGCAGUCUGAAAGACAGGGUUUUUAAUUAACGGAAGACCAGCAGCGUAGUCCUCGAGUAGUCUUAGAGAAAUGUACAAGCGUAUUCAUUCUGUGUUCCUCGGUUAAGUCGGUUUUAACUCCAUGUAAGCGUUUCCCCACACCUUAUUUAUUAUUGUAUGGCCAAAUUCAGGACACGGUCAUAACCUUCUUAGCGUGUGUGUUUUGUUUGCGAUAAUUUAGUGCCCCGGCAGUGAGGCUGUUUUUUAUAACUGAGUUUGGGGUUUCAGUGACAGAGAACUAUAUGCAGUUCUAGAGAUCUAUACAGAUAUAAAAGUAUAUAUCAGAUAUAUAUCAGUUUAUCAGAUGUAAAACUGAUCCAACAAUUAGUGAAGGAUAAAAAGCUAGCCAGGGUGACUCUUACCAGUAAUUCAUUGAACCCGCUUGUGUUCCACAUCCCUUUUUGUGUUUCCUAUUGUCUGCGAUGUGCAAUGAUGCUGCGGAGAGGAAUGGAAGUAUUAGAGAAAGGAGAGUCCUGAGUCAACCCAUUUUCCCAACAAAGUAAAGUAAGGUGAAAAAAGGCUACAUCCUUCAAGGCCCUCUGGGAAACCUUUCGUAAGCAAAACAAGCCUUAUUCCGCUCUGGCUUGUGGAAUCGGGACCCCCUGCUCCUACCGUCACGGGGCUGGCGAAAGGGUUCUGGGUGAGCUUUCCGUUAGCUGGGGCCCGGGGGGGCUCAUCCGGGCGCUCCCCACCCUCCGACGGAAUGAGCCUCCCCACGCGCAAACCAUCGCGAGGAGCCUUCGGACGCGCGAGUCCGGCUCGCGGGCCAAACACUACAGUAUUUGCUCAUUGAGUGUUAUCUUGCCAUUGGGAAUACAGUAUAAGUGCAUUUUUAAUGUUAUACUCCUAUUUAUACCUCAUGUAUAUUUUUACCUCAGUUGUGGGUAUCAAUCAUCAACUGUAAAUAGAAAUGCUAAGACAAAUAAAUUUAUAUAUGCUA